AUGCAUUCCAAUAAUACGAACACGCAGGUCCAGGUACAGAUUCCUGCAGCCUAUUACUCCCUCGGGUCUGUCGCCAUGAACUCGAGUCUGAGCUUCAAUGACCACGGCGCCAGCAGCAGCAACAGCAACAACAACAACAACAACAACAGUGGUAGUAGCGGCAGCAAUACCCCUGCCCCAUUGCACCCAUACCAUCCUGGCAACAACAAUACCUUCUCCAGCCAAUUCCACCACCAUUCUUCACAACAUUAUCACCAUCCUUCAUCGUCCCAGCAGCAAUCCCCUCAUCACGGCCAGCAGCAGACCUACAGUCAGCAUAGUCACAACAGCGGUGGAAAUCACACAUACCACGCCGAUCUGCAGAAGACCAUGUCACUCUCACACCAGGUCGAUAUCUACCAACCCCCUCACCAGGCACUCGACUCGGACCUGAUGAACCCCAUCAUGAACCGCCAGCUGAACAACCAGUAUGCUAGUAACUACCAUGCGCCAUACAGUUAUCAUCAGCAAUAUCCUUCACACCAUCACAAGCAUCAGCAGCAGCAGCAGCAACAACAGGAGCAGCACCAGCAACAGCAGCCUUCUGAUCAGCAACAGCAGCAGCGAUCGAAUGCUUCAACGCCAACCCCCACUCUUGCUUCGACCCUGUCAACUGUCUCAACAACAUCGACCCCCUCCCUCUCCUCCAACGCUGCAACACUGCCAAGCAACCACGACUAUUCCUACGGCGCGAACAAUAACCAGGACAGACAGGUCUCCCCGGCAUUAUCGUCUGCAUUUCAAGUCCCUGCCUCGCCUGAUCAAUUGACAGUGGGUUCGCACUCUGUCAAUAUGACGCAGCCCAUGUCCACCUGGACACCCAACAAUGGAUCAUCCAUGGAUCCAGAGCUGUCCUCACAACAGCAGCAGCCGUCGGGCUCAUCCUUGUCCCCUGUGACGCGUGGACACGUUUCGUUCAGCGGCAAUGCCUCGCCCAAGAAUGACCGAUCGUCAUCGUACUAUUCACAGCAGAAUGCCUCGCACUUGUACAGCAACCAGCAGCAGGACCACAGCCAGCAGGUUUGGGUCGCCAGCAUGUCCGCUGAUGACUUCCACGCACCGCAAGAGAUCCUUGAUCAAGAUAGACAACAGCAUCAGCACCAUCAAAGGUCGUACUCUCAGUCUAGCAGAAACUACAGUCACAGCCAGCAGCAGCAGCAGCCCUCCGUGGCCUCGCAGCCAUCGAACUUGCCAGCGAUUAGUGGUCUCCCACUCUUGUCGCCGACCAGUAUACUUCAGUCCGAGUAUCAGCCAUCAUCUUGCUCGAUGAACGUGCACGAGGCUCCAACGAUCAUGUCCCAUCUUGAUUACAACCGUGUCGCACCAUCAAUGGCCCCCAAUGGUAGUAACAACAACGGCUCAGGAUCGCGAUACGGCCCCAUUCGGACGACGCACAAGAAGAGUCGCACACCCUCGGUUGGGUCCCAGCGCGAUUUCGCAACGAGAACGAGGACCAACUCUAUGAACUCGACAACAUCAUCUGUGGCGUCGAGCGGGGUUCUGGGUUCGCUUGCCAACACGUUGGGAUCGACCUCGAUUGUGGGAUCCAAUGCUACGGGAUUGACUUCGACGCAGGAGGAAGAUGAAGAUUCGGACUCGCCGACGACGAUCCAAAUGCGGCCCCGGGUGAAUGCUGCACCACGUAAGGCGGUGGCCGCAAGGGUGUUUGAGUGCUCGGUCCCUGGUUGCACGAAAGCGUACACACAGCUGCAUAACCUGAAGUCUCAUGAGCGGACGGGCCAUACGCCAGUGAUCAAGCUGAAGCCGUUCCAUUGUAUCAUCGAGGGAUGCUCAAAGGCGUUCUCGCAGCGGAAAUCGUUGGCCAUGCAUAUCAAGACGGCGCAUACGGAUUUCAAGUUCAAGCCGUUCAAGUGUUCGCAGGGUGGGUGCCAGAAGGCAUAUACGCAGCUGCAUAACCUUCGGACGCAUGAGAAGGCGGUGCAUUUGGUGGAUCUGUCGAGGAAGCGGGUGAAGAACUUCAGUGUUGUCGGCGAUAUGGGUUCGGGAGCUUCGCUGUCGCCGCCAUUCUCGUCGUUGGAUCUAAAGGGUCAUCAUCAUCCACAGGGUCCGGGUCCGAUGGGAUACCAUCAUCCGGGACAGCAGCAACAGCAGCAGGCACACCAUGCUGGAUUGGGGUUGGGGUAUGAGGCGCUCCCGAAUCUGGCAGAGUUGAGUGGUGAGGAUUAUCAUUAUCGGGGCCAUCAUGAGCAGCAGCAGCAUCAGCAUCAUCAUCAACAGUACGCCAGGCUGCCGCAUUUGAACCCGCUGUCGAGCAUGUACCCUCGGUCGUAA